CUUAGAGGAAAAACAGAACCUACGCUCUGAUACCAGUUGUUGUGAUUUAAGCUCAAUUUGUUUGUUCUUUACGAGUCUUAAAUCUCUCUCUCUCUCUCGUGUUUGUCUCUCGUGUGUUUGGUUUGAUUGUAUGUAAAGAAAUGAACAGAACACAGCAAAUGUUAACGAGUUCAGGCACUUCAACUUCGCCCUACGUCUCGCCGGGAUCUGAUGCCCGGAAUCCACUAGAAUCACUUAGGUUUUAUACACUUACAACCACUUGACUCAACCAUAGUUUGAAACGGCUAACUUAACCAUCGUAGACAACUGGAGUGGACUUCUUCUUUUGGCUAGAAACAGAACAACUCUGUUCUUCGAGUUGUCUCAACAAAUGAGGAAAACAGAGUCACGCACGCGCCACGCGCUCUUCUUUCUCCUUCUUGGACCUAACGGUCACUAACCGUCUUUAAAUGGGCUUCGUAUAAACUCGGCCCAACUUCAACACUUAGUCGUUUGAAGAGAAGCUUUCUUGUUCUUCUUCGUAGACUCAAAGACGAUUACUACAAGUGGGUUGUCUGAUGAACUGCUUGUUAAAAUAUUGUUGUUUGUUCCGACAAAAGUUGCUGUAUCCACAAGCAUCUUGUCGAAAAGGUGGGAAUAUCUUUGGAUGUGGUUACCUAAACUUGAUUACGGUCGUAUAGAUUGUUCAGAGUCUGAAUGCGAGAAGCUAAGGUGUUUUCUUGUCAGAAAUCUGCCAUUACAUAGAGCUCCGGUUAUAGAAAGCUUCCGCCUUAGAGUAGGGUGUUCAUGUUUCAAACCUGAGAAUAUCCAUAUGUGGGUUUUAACAGCUGUUUCUCACUGCCUACGUGAGCUGAAGAUAGUAUAUGAGUCUGAUUCGGCUGAGCUAGAUAUGUUGCCGAGUAACUUGUUUACCUGCAAAUCUCUCGUGAUCUUGAAACUGGCUGGUGAUAUCAUCUUGGACGUUCCUCGGAUGGUUUCUCUUCCCUCUUUGAAAACUCUGAGACUUCAAAAGGUAAUGUUCUUCAAUGGCGAAACUCUUCAACGGCUUCUAUCAAAUUGCCCUAUUCUUGAAGAUCUAAUGGUGGAUUUACAUGAUUAUGACGAUACGGGAAAGUUGUCUAUUGUUGUUCCAUCGUUGCAGAGUUUGUCACUCUUUAUACCCUAUCGUCAUGAGAUAGAUGGGUUUAUGAUAGAAACUCCUUCUUUAAAGUAUUUCAAACUUAGGGAUGAUAGUUGGCAUGAUCACUACUCUUUAAUUGGGAAUAUGCCUUUCCUCGUCGAGGCAUAUGUAGAUGUUGACCUCCCUGUUAUCAAUAGUGUUAUUAGAUCAAUCACAUCCGUCAAGCGUCUUGCAAUAUGUUCACAGGAUAUGCUUGAUGAAGGUUUUGUCUUCAACCAGCUUGAACAUCUGGAGGUAUGUCUAUGCACACUGCUUUUCUCGAAUCAACUUGUCCGGCUGCUCAACGCUUCUUCUAAGCUAAAGAGACUAGACAUUUCCUUAACGGAUGGUCAUGUGCCUCGAGAUAUGGACGACUGGAACCAACCGAGUACUGUUCCUGAAUGUUUGUUGUCAAGUCUACAAAGUCUCAACUGGUUGGAGUACACAGGAGAACCACAGGAGAGAGAUAUUGUGGUUUACAUUCUGAAACAUGCUCUUCACUUAAAGACAGCAACAAUCACGUUAACUGAAUCGGAUUUUACAGAACUUGAUAUGAUAAAGGAGUUGGCACGUUCUUCUAGAGCUUCAACAACAUGCGAACUCAUGUUUGAUUGAGUAUUUGAUCUUUAAAAUUGGUCUUCCUCCUUUUAUUCCUUGUCUUUGCUUGUACUCUCUUAUGGUUCGUCUUCAACUCUGAAAACUUGACUGGGAGAAAUGUGAGACGACACCUCUCUCUCUAAAAAUUAAAAGCUCUCACAUCUCUCUACCGCCUAGGGUUUUCAGCCGCCUCUCCCCUUCCGGCGGUCGCCGCCGCGUCUCAGGCGACCGCCGGGCUUUGCGUCUUGUUCUUUUUCUUUCGUCUGCGUCUCUGUGUCCUCGUCGUCGUCUCCUCCUCUGUUUCUUUCUGCGGCUUCCUGACGCGGCAGCAGUCCCACUUCCUGUUCAGAUCCAGAGCUUCCUUGCAUCACGGUCAGUCCAUGGGGGUGGCAGCACUAGAGGACGGUGUUUUUGCUCCUUCACGGUUCUGUUUCUACGAGGCUAGUUUGUUGAGAAGCUGGCUGUCGUUGUUCUCCUCCGGCUAGUGGCGUGGUGGUGGGUUCGUUGGCAUGGUCCAGUUAGGGUUUCAGUCUCCGCGGAUCUGAGAUCUGUUUCUCCGCUUCUUCGGGUGAUCUCCGGUUGGCGCGUGUGGGCUCUCUCCGUCUCUGGUGAGGUCUGGUGGCAAUGCGCGUAGGUCACGGUGGCGCGUGGUGGUGGCAGAGCGCGUGUCUCAGGAGAGUUUGUUGUUCUUCCUGUUCUUCUCCAGAGCAGUUUCCGGUGUAUCCGGUUUGGUCCUUGCCGUGAUCUGAGUGCUCCUCCUCUUCAUCACUCUCUCAAUAAGGUAUGCGAUUGGGUCAUUCUCGUUUGUUGGUGUGGAGUUUUGUUCUAGCCGUGCUGUAGUUGGUCUAGCGAGUGGUUUGUUCUCCAGCGGUUGUGCUUCCGGAGAGUAACCACCUUUCGGUCCGCUCUCUCUAUAUGAGAUUUCGGUUCAAUGGGUGCAACGGUCACGGCGAUUUGAACUGGAGGCGGCAAUCUCCGGGUCUCUUCGACGAACGACGACAUCGUCGCUCGGUGGUUAUCUUUCGUGCCGUCGGAAGUAUAGUUGUCUGGUGUUUCGAGUUUGUUCGUGCUUGGUUUCUUUGUCCGGAUUUGGUUUAGGCAUUUGUAGUCGGAAGCUGUAGGAACCGUUGUUUCAAGGUUUGAGGGCGCCUUGCUAUCCGGUAGCUCGCGGUGCCCGAUUCUGGUUCGAGACUUCUUUCGGUUACUCUGGUUUGGGCUUGACUCGUUACUAAUCUGGCUCUUAGGCUUUGCUCUUCUAUUCUUCGGUUUGACUCUUUCAGUUUAGAAUUGUUGGUUAGUUUAUUCCGCUACAAGUUUUCUGUGUAAUUUCUGUCACAAAUUGAAAAUUGGUAUAAUAAUUUAA